GCUCUACCGCGCAUGAUCGAGUACCUCCCACACAUCGUUCGGGAUAACUGAAACGCGGUUGCGUUGCGCGAUUGUGUCGCAGUCAGUCACAGUCACAGUCAGUGUGACCAAAUUUCGUUGAAGUCUCAUCGUAUGUCAAAAAGAUGCGGAUGAAAGCAGUGAAGUGUCCCACGGACGAGCUCAGCCUCUCCAAUUGCGCGAUCAUCAACGCCGACGAUUUCCCCGCCGAUGUCAGGCAUGUCGAAGUAACCACAGCACCAAAUUAUCACUUUGUGUUUAGCGUGAAAACGCAUCAUGAGAUUCCUCGUGGCACAGUUGGCUUUAGCUUGCCUCAACGAAAGUGGGCGACACUGUCUCUCAAUCAGGAGAUUGAAGUUCGGCCGUAUCAUUUUGAUCCAACUUCUAACACAGAAUGUUUAUGCAGCAUUGUUUUGGAAGCUGAUUUCCUGCAGAAGAAAACUGUCACUUUGGAGCCAUACAAUACAGAUGAAAUGGCCAAGGAUUUCUUGCAACAGUUUUCAGGGCAGGCAUUCACCGUGGGUCAGCAGCUGGCAUUUCAAUUUAAGGAUAAGAAGCUGCUUGGAUUAGUUGUCAAGAGCUUAGAAGCUGCCGACCUAUCAGUCAUCAGUUCAGGACAGAGUACAGUGCCUAAGAAGACGAAGAUGGGACGUUGCUUGGGCGACACUGUAAUACAGUUCGAGAAGGCAGAGAACUCCAGCCUGAAUCUCGUCGGACAGGCCAAGGGCAAAGCUGUCCGACAGGCGAUUAUCAAUCCAGAUUGGGAUUUUCAGAAAAUGGGCAUUGGUGGCUUGGACAAAGAGUUCAGCGCCAUUUUCCGAAGAGCGUUCGCAUCCCGCGUUUUUCCGACGGAGGUUGUCACUCAAUUAGGCUGCAAACACGUGAAAGGAAUCUUAUUGUAUGGACCACCUGGCACGGGAAAGACAUUAAUGGCUCGGCAAAUAGGAAAGAUGUUAAAUUCAAGGGAGCCGAAGAUUGUAAAUGGCCCACAGAUUUUGGAUAAGUACGUUGGGGAGAGUGAAGCUAACAUUAGAAGACUAUUCGCAGAUGCGGAAGAGGAAGAAAAGAGGCUUGGACCAAAUAGCGGCCUUCAUAUAAUCAUAUUCGAUGAAAUAGAUGCCAUCUGUAAGUCUCGAGGUAGCGUAGCAGGAAACACAGGGGUUCACGAUACAGUGGUUAAUCAGCUUCUAGCAAAGAUCGAUGGUGUCGAGCAAUUAAAUAAUAUUCUUGUUAUUGGUAUGACUAAUAGAAGAGAUAUGAUUGAUGAGGCCUUGUUGAGACCUGGCAGAUUGGAGCUGCAAAUGGAAAUUAGCUUACCAGACGAACAUGGACGAUAUCAAAUUCUUAACAUCCAUACAACUCGAAUGAGAGAAUAUAAGAAAAUAGCGCCUGAUGUAGAUUUGAAAGAACUAGCUACUUUGACAAAGAAUUUUAGUGGCGCAGAGUUGGAAGGUUUGGUUAGAGCAUCCCAAAGUACCGCCAUGAAUCGAUUAAUUAAAGCUUCCAACAAGGUAGAGGUAGAUCCAGCAGCAAUGGAGAAGCUUAUGGUGACUAAAAGUGACUUUUUCCACGCGUUAGAGCACGAUGUUAAACCAGCAUUUGGUACAAGUGCUGAAAUACUAGAUCAAUUGUUAACUCGUGGGAUCAUUAAUUGGGGAAAGACAGUGGCUGAAAUUCUUGCUGAUGGCAGCCUGUGCAUUCAGCAAGCUCGAGCAAAUGAGGGUUCUGGGCUUGUUUCCGUUCUUUUGGAAGGACCACCGAACAGCGGAAAGACAGCGCUCGCCGCACAAAUCGCAAAGAAUUCAGACUUUCCGUUUGUUAAAGUAUGCACGCCUGAAGAUAUGGUUGGUUUUAUUGAAUCUGCAAAAUGUCUCUCUAUACGAAAGGUAUUCGAUGAUGCAUAUCGUUCACAGCUCAGUUGUAUUUUAGUUGACAACAUUGAACGUCUAUUAGAUUAUGGCCCAAUCGGACCGAGAUAUUCUAAUCUAACAUUGCAAGCGCUUUUGCUGUUGUUAAAGAAAUCGCCGCCACCCAAACGCAAGCUGUUGGUUCUGUGCACUUCUAGUUGCAGACAAGUUUUAGACGAGCUGGGAUUACUUUCAGCAUUUAAUACCAUCCUUCAUGUGCCUAAUUUGUCAACCCCUGAUCAUCUGUUAAAUGUAUUAGAAGAAGUUGAUCUCUUCUCAAAACACGAAAUGGCUUCCUUGCAUGCCCGACUUCAAGGAAAACGCGUAUUUAUUGGUAUCAAGAAGUUGCUGUGCCAAAUAGAUAUGGCACGACAAGUGGAACCAACCUACAGAGUCGCAAAAUUCCUAUCAAAGUUAGAAGAAGAAGGGGGAUUAGAGUAAGAUAUGUUUCAUUUCGAGCUCUAUUUCGAGCUCGCAUUAUAAAGAAGAAAGAAAAAUGCGAAUAUUUGAGCGAUCUAAACUCGAAAUAAACUUACGUAUAAGAGAUUUAAAAGCGUAAGCUCUUUUCGAGUUUAGAAGGAUAAAUAAUUUUUUUGCAUUUUCAGAUUGCAGUAAUUUAAAUGUAGAAAUUUAUAGCUUCUGCAUAUAAGUGAAAGAAUAAUCAGUGAUAUCUAGAUCUCUUCUGUGUUAUCAUGAGUUUCCGUGACAAGUAGAAAAUAGAUAAUGCCAGCUUGUAUUGUAAUGGAUAUCUGAAAACAUAAUUAACUCUGUACACUGAAGUACAAGUACAUUAUUAGAUAUUCAAACAAUUAUUAAUUUUAUAAAUCGCAGAAAUGAAUACCAUAUUUUCGUAUAAUCUUUCCAUACAAUAAAUAUUUUUUUAUGUCA